CGAAGCAAGAGAAGUCCUAAUGGAGGUCAAACAAAUUGAUUUGAAAGAUAUUCUGGAGAAUCAGUGUAGAGAUGCACCGAGGAGUGAUCCUUCCUGAUUGUGAAUUUGGGCACGAGGGAUGACAAGACAGUCUGGGACUAUUUUUCAGCCUGGUGGAGUUAGCAUUGCUUUGCACACUUGUACUCAAAAGGAUCAGAGUCCAUGCAGCUAUAUGGGAAAUGAAGGAAAAGCUCCUAAAAAGAAGUUGAUAAACUCAGUGGACAGCUGUGUGGACGAAGCUGUCUGUGGCCUGGUUAGGGCCAGCGGGGGCCUGUCUCUGCUGCAGGGUCACAGAGUUGUGCUUCGGUCCGACCUGGUCAACCUGACGGGCAAAGUGGCCCUGCUGUCCGGUGGGGGGUCUGGACACGAGCCGGCACACGGGGGUUUUCUUGGUGCAGGUAUGCUGUCAGCUGCUGUGGCGGGAGGCGUAUUUGCUUCUCCACCUCCUGCCAGCAUCCUGGCUGCCAUUCUCUGCUUGCACCAUGCAGGAGCCUCCGGAGUCCUUCUCAUUGUGAAGAACUACACCGGCGACCGCCUCAACUUUGGCUUGGCUGCAGAACAGGCCCGUAACCAUGGCGUCGCUGUUGACAUGGUGAUAGUUGCCGAGGAUUGCGCCUUUGACCAACCCAGUAAGGCUGGCAGGAGAGGCUUGUGUGGCACCAUCUUCAUUCACAAGCUGGCAGGUGCCUUAGCAGAAGAAGGCUGCCGAUUGGACCAGAUUGUUUCCAAGGUGACGGAUAUUUUAAAGGGGAUCGGGACGCUGGGGGUGAGUCUGUCUCCGUGCAGCGUCCCCGGCUGCCUGCCGUCUUUCGACCUGCCGCCCGGAGACAUGGAGCUGGGACUGGGGAUCCACGGUGAGCCUGGAAUCAAAAGGUUAAAGGUGGCAUCUGCAGAUGAGCUGGUGAAGACGAUGAUAGAUCACAUGACCAACCCUGACAGCCAAUCACAUCUGCCUCUAAAAUCAGGGGACAGUGUGGUCGUGUGUGUGAACAACCUCGGAGCGCUGUCCUGUCUGGAGAUGGCUGUGGUUACUGGAGCAACCAUCACCUGUCUGGAGAAUCGGGGUGUGGUGGUUGCCAGGGUGAUGUCGGGGUCGUUCAUGACGUCGCUGGAGAUGGCGGGAGUGUCGUUGACGCUGAUGAGGGCCGACCAGGAAACACUGAGGCUGUUUGAUGCUAAGACCAGCGCCCCCGCCUGGCCAAACCUCAGCAGCGUGUGUGUGAGCGGGCGCAGCUACGUCACGGACCCCCGAGCCGUGAGCCCGCGACCGCAGGCCGACACACACUCUGAAGGGCCACUGAGUGCUGUGAUGCGUAAAGCUUUGGAAAUGGUUUGUUCCACGCUGUUGGAAAAGCAGGAAGAGCUCAACUCCCUGGACCGUGCUGCAGGGGACGGAGACUGUGGGAACACUCACGCGCAGGCUGCUAAAGCCAUUCGGGAGUGGCUCCAGGACCAUGUGGUCCCCGGUUGCCCCGGCCAACUGUUAUCCGUCCUCGCUGGAUUGGUGCAGGAGAAGAUGGGCGGGUCUUCAGGAGCGCUGUACAGUCUCUUCCUGACUGCAGCCGCUGCUCACCUGACGGAGAACAACGCUGCAGCCUGGGCGAGUGCAAUGCAUGCUGGGACACAGGCCAUAAGGAGGUAUGGGGGGGCUGACCCUGGAGACAGGACGAUGUUGGACGCGUUGUGUCCUGCUGUGGACGAGCUGAUGAAGCUAACAGCAGCACCGCCUGGUGGACAGAUGGCAGUACUCCAGGCUGCCGUGCAGAAAGCGUCCUCGGGGGCGGAGUCCACCCGUGACCUGACGGCGAUGGCGGGGCGAGCCAGCUACAUCGCGGCCGAGCGGGUCACCCUGCCCGACCCCGGCGCCGUGGCGGUCGCCGCCAUCCUGAGAGCCGUGCUGGAGUCGCUGGGAGGGCAGAAGUGAUCCAGCAGAUAGGAAUGAUCUGCUCUGGGACUAUCACCACACUAGAAACUACCAGAACAACACUAGAACGCCUUCAUAACAAAGACAAAUCUGGGGUUUUUAAACCUCUUUGAAGCACAUUUACAUGCAGCAAAUUAACAGAAACUUAGAAAUAGGUGCCUGAAAAACAAAGUCUCUCGAAAACUUGACAAUAUGCUUUGGAAAAUCAUCAGCAGUGAUGUAAGGUACGCACAUGGUUAAGUAAAUGGUCAAAAACAAGAAAAUAACGCUUGUAGCAGGAGAGAUUUGUGUAAAUCAUGAAUUUAAUUUAAUUGAUUAAUUUGUUUGACAGGGACAGUGUACAUUAAUUAACAUUGCUUCAAAUGCACCAAAAUUAGCCAAAAGGCUAUUUUUCAUCUGGAAAAAAAAAAUCCUUGUUACUACUAAUGUGUUUUUUCAUAAACAUUCCUAAUUGUAAUAAUCAGAACCGACGCUGCAUAGGUACAGUAAAUAUAACUUGAAACUUUGAAUAACUUGAACUAGAAAUCACAAUGUGUGUAUGUAUCCAGGAAAUACUUUAUAAUAGACAUUUUUAAUCAAAAGCUGAUGAAUUGAUUUGACACCUUCUCAUAGUGAGUUUUUUAAUUAAGGCGAGACGCGACAGGUGAAUAGGGUGUUUCAUGUAAUAUGUUAUACUAAUAUCACAAUGAAACUUCCCCGGUUUAUGACUUGCAUAACAUCUAUUAUUUGUGUUUGUAAUUACUUAUUUGCAUACAUCUCCAGAACAAAGAUCUGAACACAACUCUUAUUUUGUUGACAUAUUAGUCAAAUGUUUUUACAGAGGAAAUUUGGGAUAUCUAUUUUCUUGACUCCGUGAAUAGCCAUUUAAAAAAAAUAAAUCUGUGUUUUUAGGAAUAAAAUGUUGCAUAUAUCAGGCUAUGAAGGAAGUAUGAAGAAAACUUGUGAAAACUGUAGACAAAGUGUGGCUAAUUAAACACCUAAAUGUGUA